AGUUUACUAAUCGUACGAGCAAAGGAUGGAGGAGGGAGGAGUAAAAGACGAAAAUAUCAAACAGGAGGACAUACGUUUCCGAUAGGCGAAGAAGUGUUAAAGGAAGUUAGCCGGAACGGAGAAUACCGACGUAGAUAGAAUCCUUUAAAUUGCAACUAUUCACCGCCGGGCUUUUACGGGGGAAAAUUACGUCAACGAAUUAGCCGAGACCGUAAUCCUACUGCGAAAAAGUAACAAUUUCGGCGAGCCCUUGUCGCCCGCAGAUGUCGCUUUCGGGAGAAAGCUGAAAAUGAUAGAUUGAGAGAAUGUAUGGGAGAAUGAAGAUUUCUGGUAAAAUGGGUAGGAAAUUAUUCCUGCUAGUGAUAGAAAUGAGACGGGUGGGUUAUGUGAAUUCUCCUUAAUUUCAAUUGACAAGCUUUUCAAAUGAAGCGAGGAAAAACGGCCCGCAGCUUCGGCGAUCAUCUCGCUAAACUGUUUACCCGUAAAUUGAAUUUACGAAAGUGACUGCAAAGUUAGCCGAUAUUAUUUAUCGAACGCUUAUACUUUACUGUAUACUGUAUUUCUUCCUAUGAGUGAUAAGUUGUUGGCAAGUUCAGGGAAAUUAUGCAUAAAUGUGACAGGAAAAUGACAGGGAAGAGGAAACUAAGAAAAGAAACGUCAAAAUUAGAAAAAAUUAAUAAAAAAAAAAAUAAAAUCGAAGAAUAAAAAGGAAUAAAGUUUUAUGAAGCUGGCAUGUCGUAAAUUUCCUAAUGAAUAGACGUACGUGAUCUGUACAAGGGAAUUUUAAAUUAUUCGAUUAAAGUCGUUAAGAAACGGGAGGUGAGCAAAUCGGCGUCGCGAAUUACAGCGCCGCCAAUAAUAGACGCCGCUGUGGCAAAUGACGGUAGACGAUGAACUACGGCGAAUUGCCCGAAACCGACGAUGAUGAAUUUGAUGGACUUACUAAUAGGGUUUCGCUCAAGGACACGAACAACGAAAAUAGGAUCUUUUUGGUAUGGCACGUUCAUGAUUCGGAAAUGGGAAAAAGUGUUCAGGAACACCUAGAAUCGACAAGAUAUGGUUUUAAGUGCUUUAACCAAGACGACCUUUUCCACGCAGAUCCUGAUUUAUCAUUAGCUGAGUGUGUUGUUCAAGGUGUUCGUAAUUCAGCGAAAACAAUAUUUAUAAUAAGUUCAAUGAUGCUAACGGAUUUAUGGGCUGCUUGCGAAUUGGAAGUUUUACCCGAAUUGAACUUUAAAGGAUUUAAAUCGGAUUUUAUGCUAUUAAUUGUGCAAGAAGUCGAACUACCUUUUAUAUUUACUGACGUUUUUUCUUUAAAUGCUAGUACUGUUGGUUGGUGGAAUAAAUUAAUCAAUUGGUUAACUCCAACAGAUUCUGUGCACAUAUUAAGCACAGAUACAAAUAGGAAUUCACCAGGGUUAGCUGGAGUAAAUCCGGCGCUACAAAGUGGUCACUUGUUACUAAGCUAUAGAUCACGAUGCGGCUGUUGUGGUAGAGAACAAAUCGAAUCGGAAUUGCCCGAAGAGCUUAUGGCGCACGGACUACAAAUACCGAACGAUGAGUACGCUAAAGCUAUCAGUAAUCUGAUGCAGUCUUUCAAGGCACGUUGCCAUCUAUGUUGUUUUUCGGCACCUGCCGCCGCCGUCUUCUUCACUUCCUUCUUCGUUCUCUGCUUAACAAUUAUUCCAUUCGUCGAAGUGCAGUUGUUCGUUAGCAGUGCACCAGCUAAUACGGGAUUGGAAUACAUACAUGGUUGUUUAAUAUGGCUAACAUCCUUAUCUUUCUAUUUAGUUGUCUCUUACUUGUCAAGAAGGAGGAUGAACCGGUUAAUGGCUGCCGAAUUAUCGUCCAUCAACUCCAUUUUCGUUAGACAUAACGUUCUAAUAGGAAUGGAGGAUUUAUCUAUCGCCGACUGCAAUAAAUAUUACGUAUCCUUUUUGUUUACAAUACUAAGAGCGUUUAUUUAAACAAUACUUAAAAUGUAUAUAUUAUAAUAGAUAUUUUUAAGCAUAGAGAUAAAACAAUAAUAUGGAUAUACUGUAUACGUACAUAUCUAUAUCUAUAUCUACAGCUAUAUAUAGAUAUAAAUUGGUAAAUUUAUGUAUAAAUAUAUGUGAUAUUAUCUUUAUACGUAAGCUCUUAG